AUGGAGAAUGAGUUCCAGAAGAGUAGUUCGUACCGAGAAAUGAUUGCCACGCCUGCCAACCGAAAAAGAACAUUCAUCACCAUCUUCCUCGGAGUCUUUGAUCAGUGGGCUGGCCAGAACGUUGCGGGCUAUUAUCUGUCUCCAGUCCUCACUAUCAUCGGCAUCAGAACCGUCACGCAGCAGACCCUCAUUAACGGAUUCUUACAGAUCUGGAAUCUCAUAUGCGCCUUAACCGGUGCGUUCAACGUCGAUCGUGUCGGGCGUCGCUUUCUCUUCCUUGCAGCCACCCUUGGCAUGCUCAUAUCUUACAUCCUGAUCACUGCGCUUUCCGCCACCUUCGCAAAGGGUCAAUCAGCCGCGGUUGGGACAGCCGUUGUACCGUUUCUCUUUCUCAUGUAUGGGUGCUUUUCUCUGGCUUUCACCCCGCUAUUGACGGCGUAUCCCGUCGAGAUCUGGCAGUACAAUUUGCGAGCCCGUGGCCUAUCCGUGCUGUGGAUAUCGACUGCUAUAGCCGUCUUCUUCAACAUUUUCAUUAAUCCUAUCGCACUCGACGCUAUUGAGUGGAAAUACUAUAUAUUAUACGUGUUCAUUCUGGCCGGCGGGGGCGCCGUUAUUUAUUUCACAUUCCCCGAGACGCGAGGUCAUAGCCUUGAGGAGAUGGCGCGUGUCUUCGAUGGAGAGAACGCACCGGUUCCCAAGGAGGGCAAAAUUGCAGACGAUAUUACGAUAUCCGGAGCUGCCAUCCACAUUGACAAUGCUAGUCGGCCCGGGGUCUAA